AUGUCUCGCAUCAUCUCCGAGAAGACCGUUCUCGAUCAGGAUGACCACGUAGGCGGACCAUCCAACAUCAGCCCCGCCGUGCCCACCCAUGUCAUCGUGAAGCUUCUCGGCUUCACCCUCGCCAUGGUAGUCCUCCCCAUAGGCUCAUACUACGCCUCACUAGACACUCUAUUCAAAGGAAACUCCACGUUUGCAGGUGCGCUGGCCGCAGUUAUGGCUAACGUCGUCCUCAUUGGCUACGUCGUCGUGGCCAUGAAGGAAGAUCAGAGCGAUCUACGACAGCCCAAGGCGGAGAAGGCGGAGGGUAAAAAGGAUCGCUGA